CAUUACGGUAUUUAUAGGUUAGGUUUUUUCAAUGGAUUUUCUCAAUUUUCAUGUUUGUUGAAUUAUUCUUAAUACCAAUAAAAGUAAGGUGAAAUUUAUUUUCAAGAAUGAUACCAAGGGUACAAACUCUCUUAAGGAUUACCGAAACCGCUCCUUUCCUUGAAAGGAAAUUCAACUGUUGGUCAGCAGCCAUCACAAAAAAGCACAGAGCCACAUAUUUAAGAACCUACCCUGUUUCUCUCGUUUUUGCCAAUGGCAGCACUAUAAAUAUCCAAUACCACGAGCCAAGGAGGAUAAUUAAACUUCCGGUGGAUCUCUCGCUGCUCACCGAUGCAGAACGCAAAGCCAAAAUCGAAAGUCGUAAACAAAAGACGAAAAUAAAAAUACAGGAGGAAAUAGAGGAUGAUUUCGACGAGGACAAAUACAUCAAAUUAUCUAACAGAUAGAAUUCUCCAAGGGCUAAAUAUUUAUUGUCACUUAAUUCAAUUUUUUGCGCUACGAGUUCAACCAAGGAUUCCUCGUUGUAAUUGAGAAAGGGAAAGGAGUGUUUUUUUUGUACAUUGAUUUUGUCACCGAAUGUCAGAACAUAAAGAGUUUGAGUAAAAAAGACCGGAUGCUACUUUUUCUAGUGAGGAGGCAUAAUAUUGCCUACUUCCUAAACUAUAAACACGUUAAUGAUCUCACAAUGAAGAGCAGAAUAAAAAAGUAGAUAACAGGUA